UCUUAGGUGUCGACUUUGUGCGGAUAAGAACGACUCUUUCUCUGCUCCGUCUCCUCUUCUCCUCUCUCUCUAACCCCUUCUCUCCCAGAAAUCAUCUCUCUCUCUCAAAACCCUUUCUCAGAUUCUCUCUCUAAAACCCUUUCUCUCCUCUUACAAAAAUUCCCACCUGAAGUUAAAAAGUCCCAGCUUUUUCGCCGCAUUGAGUUUCUGAGGAAAUGGCGAUCGAGGAUCAGGAAAACACGAUCAGAGAAAUCAAGCCUAAGAACAGGAGAAUCAUGGGAGCCGGCGGACCGGAAGGGGAGGAGAACCAGUGGCCGCCAUGGCUGAAGCCUUUGCUGAAAGAGCAUUUCUUUGUUCAGUGCAAGUUUCAUACCGACUCUCACAAGAGCGAAUGCAAUAUGUAUUGCUUAGACUGCACGAACGGCCCCCUUUGCUCUGUCUGCCUCUCCCAUCACAAGGAUCAUCGCACCAUUCAGAUAAGGAGGUCUUCAUAUCAUGACGUGAUACGGGUCAAUGAGAUACAAAAGUAUCUGGACAUAUCGGGAGUGCAGACGUAUGUAAUCAACAGUGCAAAGGUCGUGUUCUUGAACGAGAGGCCUCAGCCUAGGCCCGGAAAAGGCGUGACCAAUACCUGUGAUGUCUGCUACCGCAGCCUUGUUGAUGACUGCUUCGGCUUCUGCUCCCUUGGCUGCAAGAUCGUGGGAACGUCUCGAAGCUUCCAGAAGAGUAAGAAGAACCCGCGGAUGGAACCAGAGGAGUCGGGCAGCAGCACAGGGCAAGUGAAGAACAUGAUGAAUCUUCAGAGUUUCAGUCCAUCAACACCCCCACUUACAUCUGGUAAUUACAGGAUUGCCAAACGAAGAAAGGGAAUUCCUCACCGAUCUCCGAUGGGAUAAAAUCUUCUUACAUGGAUCCAUCACACACAGUUUCUUCCUGAUAUAUACAUAUAUAUAUAUACACACAAAAGGGUUUAGCUUAUACAGAAGCGCUUAGCUUUGUCAUACCCAAAAAGGACUACUGUCGAUGUGUUAGAAGGGGCCGUAUAUGUAUGUAUGUAUGUAUGUAUGUAUGUAUGUAUGUAUGUAUGUAUGUAUGUAUGUGUGUGUAUAUAUACAUGUGAUGUAUAUUUAUGUGAUGCAAGAAAGCUCUAGAUAGGGGAGUAUGGGCUUCGUAGGAUGGCAAAAGUGGGAAUAAGACAGAAAGCAGUGGGCUUUGAAGGUAAUGUUUGUCUUCUUCUUCUGUAAAUUUGUAUCUGAAUAGGGUAGAAAGAGGAAGUGCCCUAAUCAUACACUUGGAAAUGGAAUAAUCUUCUAAGUAAUAAAGUUUCUGCCUUUUGUGAA